UGUGAAGGUUUUUGACAUUUGGUUUGUUGUGAAUCGUAAUUUUCGAAAUAAACUUUAUUUUCUUUAUUAUCUUACUAGUUUAAUAGCAUAUGAAAUAAUUAACGUAGGAUGCUUUUGAAUCUGAACAGGAAUUACGUAUUUACAAUCUACUUAACAAUUAUUAGACCGUGUUUAGUUGCAUCACAAGCGAACAUGUCUUCGGGAAUUAUUGAUGCAGAUAAAUAUUCGGUAGCAUAUGUUACUGUGCCGAGUACGGAUGUUGGAAAAACUAUUGGUCAUGGAUUAGUAAAGAAUAAACUGGCUGCUUGCGUUAACAUUGUACCUCAAGUUACUUCGAUAUAUGAGUGGAAGGGAGAGAUCAAUGAAGACAGUGAGGCCCUGUUAAUGAUCAAGACUCGUACAUCUCUGGUGGACAAACUGACAGAAUAUGUUCGCUCCAAUCAUCCAUAUGAAGUUUGUGAAGUCAUAUCAAUACCAAUAAAAAACGGCAACCCGCCAUAUUUGAAAUGGAUAGGAGAAACAGUGCCGGAAAAUUGAAUAUUAUAUUACUAGCUGUUUUAAUUGUUUACAUUUAUCAAAUUCUCAAUUGCCAAUGUCAAAAUUACUG